GAUUUCUACAUUUACUCAUAGAUCUGUAACAUCUUUGCAAAGGGUCUAAAACAGAAACCAACAUCAAUAUUGUUCGGAUUUAUCGUGUUGACAUCAUUCUGUAUGGGCCAUUCAUGUGUCAAUGUCCAGCAGGCGUUCUGGCAAGAACCAGUUAUUACAUGGAUUGCACUUGUAAUUUCUACAGGGAGAUGCAAAUCUGCAUUCCAUGAAUUUUUAAGCCAAAUCCUUGAGAAGGUGGCUGACAAAGUGGAAGUUAGAGGACAUAAAGCAAGGCAGAUGUUGCUCCCACACUGCACCUGGGACAAGUUUGGAGAGAUACUCUCAGAAAAUGGUGCUAGGUCUUUGGGCAUGUUUGAUGAGCUAAUGUCGUUUUUUUGCAACGAUGAAUGUGUAUUCGUCACACAAAAUGCAGCUAUCAGAUACAAGGGAGUUUCAGGAUUUCCUCCAGCUGUUUACAGGAAAAUCUAAAACACGCGAGACAGGUACCUUAUUUAAAUUGACUAAACAGUCAAAAUUCAUGGUUGAUCAAAACUUUUCAUUCAACCUGUACAAUGGAGUAAGGAUUCCACUAUCAUUAUUUAAA